AUGCCAGCCGUCGUGAAACGUGCACCUGACCAACUUAAACCAAAAAAGAAAAAAAAAAUCAAAAAAAUAAAGCCCCGGGUACUGAAACUCAAAAGAUGGCUGAAGACGCCCGAAGACUGGGCACAAUUCGACGCGUGGGUGAAGGUUAAUGCGCUUCCAAGAAAAUUACCAGAUCCCGAACCCAUAAUCCGCAAAGCAGUGAAACUACGCCAACUGAAUAAACGCCUCAAAGUUCUCUCCAAACCGAUCGUUCGCCCGGUGACUCAGUGCGUAAAACGGUUAAUGACUCGAAACAUUCGAUGUGCGCAAAUGACCAAACGCACAAGAGAAUUGGCAUUCCCGAAAAUUCGUAUGCCUCCCGAAUGCGUCGAGCUCGGUUGCGUUAAGAGAUCAGCUUUGAGAUACAGGGCAACAGAGAACAUGCUAUUGUUAAGUCAACCGAAAAUUAGGCCAAUGGUGGAGUGUAAAUCGUUUAAUCAAGUGUGUAGAAGAUCAAUAAAGAGAAAAACUUCGGAGAGAACGGACGAGCUUGCGAUACCACUCAAGAGACGUCGACUGAAUGACCAGUGCGAGGAACCCGAGGCGAAGUGUCAAAAGACAGGAGAGGUGAGGUGGAUAUUUGGCACAAAUUUUUCCUUUUUGUCGAAUUUCAAUUUAUUUCAGUUAUCCUCAUGGAUGGAAUUCUUAGCGAUACCAAGUUACCGUAAGCUGAUAGGCCAAGAAACUGAAAAGGCACAAAAAUGGCGCGAUCAAAUUAUCGAGGAAUUGGAACCGCGAGGCAAGCAAGCGUACGAAGAACAAAUGAAAAGGCGCGCCGAGUUGAAACGUCGCGAAGAAGAGAGACGGUGCAAGGAGGAAAGACAGCAGUACUUAGAUGAGCAAAGACGACUCGAGGAGGAAGCGAAGGCAAUAAGUAACAAGGGAACGAAAGUGAGACUCAUGUGUAAGGAUAAUGAAGACGAAGACGAAGAUGUGGCUGACGAUGCCGAUCAAGACGUCGAAUACCAAGACGCGAUUGCUCAAGGAUGCGAAGAUAAGACAUCAAAGAAUAGGAUGGUCUGCUCACAGAAGAAAGAAGAGACCGAGGAGGAACAGGAGGCUCGUAAAAAACGUCAGAUGGAAAAGAACGCGUGGCGUUUCGAGGUUCUUGGCGUCUGCACAGAGUUUCCAAGGAUAAUCUCGGAAGCCGCCAAAAACUGCAAAGCCACACCAACUGUCGAGAAGCUUGCCGUACCGAAGAAGUAUAAAGGUGAUACUUGCAAAGAUCCAUACAAAAUUAGCGAAUGUGCGAAGGCGGCGCAAGCUUCGCCGUUGACCGAAGCCUUGGCUAAGCCGAAGUAUCAGGCGGAGCCCGUGACGAAAUCACCGCCGAGAGAAAAGGACGAGUUCGGCAUGCCCAUUUACCCUAAACCAGUUAUUGGCAAAGUGAUGCCAGAACGGAAACCUUAUCCAGAAGCCGAAUGUAAAACUGAAGAAGAGAAGGAGGAAGAGAGAAAAGCGAAAGAGGAGGAAAAACAAAAGAAGAAAAAACCGAUUGACAGGAUUGUUUUCGAGCUAACGAUUGACCCGGUGUUUGAUCCCCGCGCUGCGAAGAAACAGGCGAAAGAGAGAGAGCGUGCAGCUCAAGAGAAGGCUGAGAAAGAAGCGGCGGACCCGGAAAUGGGAGCUGACGGUGAAGCUGAGGGCGCGACCGACGAUGCAACCGCGGAUGAAGAAGUGUAAAAAAUCGAGAUAUCACGAGAAAUAAAACACAAUUCAGAUAACCUGGACGUGCAGUAAAUAACGCAAUUUCGUAAUAAAUUAAAUUGUAUUCAUGAAUGAA